UAUAGCAGAAUAAUUUUAUUACUAUGGAUACAAAAUUAUUAUAUCAACAGAGCUACAAUUGCAAUAUUUGUAAUUCAUUUGAACCUGGAGAUGAAUAUCUUUUUCUGCAGGAAGAGUGCCAGCAACUGCACCAAAAUGUAAAAUACGGUUUGAUCAAACAACCAACCGUGGGUGAACUUCAGAAAACAGCUAAGGCGCUGCAUGAAAUUAAGGUUAAGAAUUGGCUAGAAACAGAAAUGGUGAAGCUGAGCAACCUGAGAGACCGAGCAAAUGAGAAAGGUCAUAGAAAACAAUAUCCUUAA